GGCGGUGCUGAGCGCGGCUCCUCCUCCUGCUCGUCCUCGUCCUCCUGUCCUCGCCUUCUCCGGGCUUUGCCACCGCGCCGCCGGGCUGCUCCUCCUCCCUCUCCCGGGCGCCGGCGGCGAUGUUCAACCGCGCCGUGAGCCGGCUGAGCAGGAAGAGGCCGCCGUCAGACCUCCACGACAGUGAUGGGAGCUCCAGCAGCAGCCAUCCGCAUCUCAAAAGCACAGCCAAGUGGGCAGCCUCCUUGGAGAAUCUGCUUGAAGACCCGGAAGGCGUGAAAAGAUUUAGGGAGUUUUUAAAAAAGGAAUUCAGUGAAGAAAAUGUUUUGUUUUGGCUAGCAUGUGAAGAUUUUAAGAAAACACAAGAUAAGAAACAGAUGCAGGAGAAGGCGAAGGAGAUCUACGGGACCUUCCUGUCCAGUAAGGCCUCUUCUCAAGUCAACGUCGAGGGGCAGUCCCGGCUAAAUGAAAAGAUCCUGGAAGAGCCACACCCUCUGAUGUUCCAGAAACUGCAGGACCAGAUCUUCAAUCUCAUGAAGUACGACAGCUACAGCCGCUUCUUAAAGUCUGACUUGUUUUUAAAGCACAAGCGAACCGAGGAAGAGGAAGGAGAUCCACCCGAUGCCCAAACUGCAGCAAAAAGAGCUUCAAGAAUUUAUAACACAUGAUCCCCCUCCCCAAAGAGCCAGGGGGAGCCUAAGGAGCAUGGAAACUCAUUCUCAGGUCAUUGCAGGGUUUAUAAUUGCUUUGUGAUUUGCAAAGACUGAAAUACACAAACCCUUCGAUGCGAUGUGUAUAUUCGA